AUGCCCGCGGGAGUACCACUCCCUUGGAAAUUUCACCAUGAAAAUUGGGUGAAGCGAUGGGAGUCCCAGUCUGGGGACUUUCCACCGCACGAGACUGAGCUCGAACAUGGACAGAGACGACGUUUCCUGAAGGGCAAUCACUGGUUCAGAAGACCUCACUCGAACGGGAUAGCCAGUGAGCUUUUGAACGCGGAAAUUGAGCGUUGGCCAUGGGGAUAUACGAUAUAUCGUACUGUUUUUACUCCGGAAUCCGAUGUUCACUGGGAAGCUGCCGUGGAUGCAAUACGAGAAAAUAUCUUUGCUUCACUAGAAAGUGAGCUACGACAUGGAUCGAAUGAGAACGAGGAUGCACAUCGAAUAAUACGCGACGGAUACCGUAGCCUCGUGUUUCAAGAUCAAGCUUGCCUCGACGGAGCGACUAUCGAUCAAGUUCGGGAGAAAUUCAAAGAUUUUGUUACAAAUGAAUUCUUUCCUGCGGGUGUUCGAUUCCGCUGGUGUCUGGUCAUCGAUGCAGAGGCUAUCCAGUCAUUUAUACGCUGCCCUCAACCCGCUGAAUUUUCUGAUUCAUCGGAAACUGGUACAAUUGAAGGGAAUGGUGCCUGGGUGACAGUCGUGGACCCUGAAUAUGUGCCGGGCUCUACUUCCAAGGGCAAAGGUCGCUCAAGAUUAUACCGGGGAUAUAUGCGGUGCCAUCUCAACAGACUGCAAUCUCUUGCGUGGGUAGGGACUAUGAAACACAUAUCCAAAAUGAUUCGCCGGGAUGCAGGUGGUAUUCCAUGGUACAUAGAAAACAUUUAA